UGGUGGGGAUAGGAAGGGAAGGGGGGAAGGGAAAUGGCAAACGGAACGGGAUAGCAGACGAAACGAAAAAAAAGACGAAUCAAAGUAACGGAUGAAAAAAUUCAAAAAGAAAAAACCGCUCCUACUCACCAUCCUCGCUCACCCACACGACCGUCUCGAGCGCGGGGAGGGGGCUGCCGUGGGGGGUUGAGUCGUCGGUGUGAGCUUCUUGAAUGGUGGAGUUGGGCGAGUCUUCAUCUUCGUUGGUUCCUCUGGCGUGGUCGGUGGGGUCGGUGCCACGGGCGUGGUCGCCAGGGCCCUUCGACGCGCUGCCUUCGGCGGAGUCGCCAGAACCACCCUUGCCGAUGCUAUCGUCCCCGAGGCCAUCCUUAGAGGACUCCCCAUCAACAUGCUCUACCCCGUCGACAAGUCCUGCUAUCCUCCCCCUCCCCGCCCUCGCGACGACGCCGGGCUCGGCGGUGGGCGCGGUGAUGGAGAAGAGCGUGGGGAGGAGGGCGUCUGGUGAGGUGGGGUCUGUUAGGUGGAGUUAGUUUUCUGUAAGGUUUGCGGGAGGCAGAGGGGAGGCAGAGAGGGUAGGCAGAGAGAGGGUAGGAGGGG